CUGCUGGAGGGGAAGGAGGCUUUCCUGCCUGCUGUGUAAAGAGGCCGCUGAGCCAAGGAACGUCCGGCCUAAUCGGCAGCUGGCAAACAUGGUCAAAAUAGCCAAAAAACUCAGUCUCCAGAGGCGACAAGCCGAGGAGGGAAUCUGUGAAAGACACCGGGAGCCCCUGGAGCUUUUCUGCCCAACGGAUGAGAUCCUCAUUUGUAGGGUCUGUGGCCGAUCCGAGGAGCACGGAAGUCAUGAGGCGAUUCCUGCAGAUGAGGCUGCCCAGGAUUACAAGGAUAAGAUCUUUAACUGCCUGGAGACUUUGAAGACCAAGAAAGAGAACAUUCUGGUAUACAUAGAAGAAGUUGGAGACAAAAGCCGAGAAAUGCUUGUAAGUGCCACAAUUGCUGGGAAGUGAACAAGAACUGGGACUAGGGUUGCCAGCCUCCAGGUGGGGCCUGGAGAUCUCCCACUUUUACCACUG